AUGGAAAUACAACACAAGAGAAGCAUGAGGCAACACUGUGCUCUCAAACAUGGAAUACUCAAGGAAUUCCUGGCAGAGUUCCUGGGGACGUUCGUCUUGGUUUUGUUCGGCUGUGGCUCAGUCGCUCAGACCGUCCUCAGUCGAAACACCCUUGGUGAGCCGCUCACCGUCCACAUCGGCUUCUCUGUGGGACUGAUGAUGGCAGCGUACGUGGCUGGUGGAGUCUCAGGGGGCCAUGUGAACCCUGCUGUGUCUCUGGCCAUGGUGCUUCUAGGCAAACUGAAGAUUUGGAAGUUUCCCUUCUAUGUCAUCGCUCAGUUUCUUGGUGCUUUCGUUGGAGCUGCUGCAGUUUUUGGAUUAUACUACGAUGCUUUCAUGGACUUCACCAGCGGGAUUCUGUCAGUGACAGGAAUCAAUGCAACAGGUCACAUUUUUGCUUCCUACCCUGCGAGACACCUGUCAGUCCUCGGCGGCUUCAUCGAUCAGGUGGUGGGCACGGGUAUGCUGGUGCUGUGUAUCCUUGCUAUCAUCGAUGGCGGAAACAUUGGAGCUCCUAAAGGCGUGGAGCCGCUGGCCAUCGGGCUGAUCAUCAUGGCCAUCGGCGUGUCCAUGGGACUGAACUGUGGCUACCCCCUGAACCCCGCCAGAGACCUGGGACCCCGACUGUUCACGGCUGUAGCAGGAUGGGGGAUGGAAGUUUUUAGCACUGCAGACUACUGGUGGUGGAUCCCUGUGGCAGGGCCCAUGGUGGGGGGAGUUGUUGCGGCCGUCAUCUACUACCUGCUGAUCGAGCUGCACCACCACCACGACGAGCCCGAGAAGCCCCAAGAGGAGGAAGAGGAGGAGGAAGAAGACGAGGACGACGAGGACAGCAGUCUGAAGGACAAAUAUGAGAUGAUCACCAUGAGCUAAAAGAGACAUUAACCUCCAGGACUGACUGGUCAGAUUCAGCUGUUUCACUGUCAGUCAGAUGACUAACACCCAGCACACCGUCCAUCUGUAAGGACAGGCUUCCUCUGUCAGUGUGCUCUCUGUGCUAGACCCAUUAAUAGCAGGAUAGGCUGUAGUUACACUUCUGAUUGACGUUAUGCUCUGCAGAGACAAGCUUUUCCAGCUCAGUGAUGGCACCAUUAAAACCUAUACGGGUCAAAACACAAAGUAAAAUAACUUAGGAAACUGUUUAGACUGAAAAACUGCAGCUAGUUGAACUAAAUAAGGAGUGUGGAUAAUGUCGUCCAAACCAACACCGGGUCGUCUCCUCUGCAGUUUCACUUUUUAUGUUUUAUGUUUCAUAAACACGUGAAAGUCGCAGUCCUGCUUCACAUUGUCAUGACUUUUCAUAUAGAUGUGUUGUAAAUAGCACCUUGUAAAUAUCCCACUUCAUUUGAAUAUACACUUAACAUGCAUGCCAGUUUCCUUUUAGGUUUGCUCCCAUUUUCUUCAGUGGUUGUGAUGCUACCAUCUGUAUAUUCACUUAAAACCUCUUUUUCUUUUCUUUUUUUUGUCGUAACUUGUAAUUAUUUUUCUUCUUUUGCAAACCUCCCUCCUGUUCAUUAUUAUUAUUUGUAUUUUACUCAGUGUUGUUUUGUCUACAUUAAAGUUUCUACAAAUAUCAACUUCACCUCAGGGACUCAUUUCCCUUCAUCAGUGAGACAUCAUCUAUUUUAUUUAUCACUGACAGCCGCAGUUAAACUGAACGAGUUUGCUGAUGUCGUUUUCCUUUCAGCAUUCACAAUAUUACCCUAGUAUAUCCUCAUACAUCCCUUCAAUUGCUGUG